AUGGCACCCUACUCGUCCGAAAGUGAUCUUCAACCAACACCCCCUCAAUCCGAGAAAACAAUGGAGGGAGCGGACAUUUUGAACCAGCAGCCAUUGAGCGUCCCGCCGGAUCCCAGUGCCAGCAAACGAAGCCAUCGAUACAGGUGUGAACAUUGUCAGCAAACGUACAAACGACGGGACGAACUCGAUAGGCAUAGGUUUUCGCACACUGGUGUGCACGCGUACGUUUGUCUGGAACCGGGCUGCGGUAAAGGAUAUACCAACCGGUCACAUCUGCUGCGUCACACCCGAACAGCUCAUCUCGAGCGACCGGUCCCACAGCAUCCGGACGUAGACUGCAAGCAUCCCAACUGUACGAUGAAGUUUGCCACCAAGCACGCCAUGAAGCGUCACUACCAGGUAAAGCACGUGCUUGGCAAACCGUACGCGUGCGAUGUGUGCAACGAGCGGUUCUGGCGUAAGCUACAGCUAAAGCUGCACAAGGUACGCCAUACCGGCCAGUAUCCGCACCGUUGCGAACACUGCAACCAAGGUUUCGUGAAUCUUAAAUCGAUACGAAACCAUCGGUGCAAACGUAACGCACAGAAGUGUACCGAAUGCGCGAAAGAGUUUAGCCGCUGGUCCGAGCUGGUCGCUCAUCGACGCCUGGAGCAUCCGAGCGAGUUCCGGUGCGAACAGUGUGACAAGCUGUUUCACACCAAGCGCAACCUGAAUCUGCACGGUCGGGUACAUCGGACGCAGGACGAGCGUGUCGUGUACGAGUGUCCCCAUGCCGGGUGUCCCCGGUUUUACGAGCACGAGCGCAACCUAAGCGCACAUGUGCGCACGAAACACGACCACCGCAAGCGGGCGGAACACGUCUGCCCGGUAGCGGAAUGUGGGCGGGUGUUGGCCACCAAACAGAAGCUUGACCAGCAUCGUAAGCUGCAUCUGCGUGCAUCGAGUACGGUCGUUAGGCGGAAAACGAAAUCGGUAUCGCUGGAAGCGGGAUGCAGCAAGGAUGUGAGUGGCGGGCCGUCGACGACGACGACGUCGCCACCGCCGGUGUGUUCCGCUACGGUGCUAACCGUGCCGGCUAGCGUUCCGAUAUCACCCGAGCAGAAGAACCAGCUAGACGUUACCACUGAUUCCGAGGUGGAGAAUACGGUAACGGUGCAGAAUUUGCUUGAAACGCGCGUACAACUCUUAUGCACGCAGCUCGAUACGUUACGAUCGAAUUUAGCUCCUAUUUAG